AUGCCAUUGUUGUCUCCACGGGGGAUCUAUCAGAUCAAAAGUGAAUGGCAGUACAGAAACUUUUUGGACGCCAAUCCGGACAAACUGGUGGUCAUCAAGUACUUUGCGUCGUACUGUCGUGCCUGUAAGGCUCUGGAACCCAAAUUCGUGGCCGUCAAGGACGAUCGUCAGCUGGUCGAUCUACCCAUUGUCUGGGCCGAAUAUCAAUCCCAACGAAAGAACAAGGAUCUCUUUCAACAACUCAACGUAUUGGCAUUGCCCACGGUACAGUUCUACGAUGGCGACCGAGGCGUGGUCGAAAAUUUUCCCUGUGGACCCGCCAAAAUUCCACUCCUCAAACAAAAGUUGGCACAAUUCCUCAAUGCCCGCGUCGAUCCCGACACCAGACAACUCAAACCAACUUCAGAGGACGAACGACAAUCCAUGUUACCUCGCGUCGAUCGAGAAGUUUCCGUCAGUGAUGAACUCAUCACCAAAGAACAUAUCGACUAUUUGCGUCAUGGCAUGCCCUUUUUUGAAGACUUGUCGCAACCAGAAUUUGACGAACUACUGGGCAAGGCACGAUUGCUGACGUUUGAAGCGGGCGACUUGAUUAUUCGACAAGGCAUGCCACCCACCACAUUUUAUGUCCUCAAGAGUGGUAAAGUCGAAAUGUGUAUUCGAGGCAAAUUUGACGAUCCCAUAUCGACACCUCCCAAUUACCUCGGUGUCGCUGUCAAUGAACUCAAAACAUUUGAUUUCUUUGGAGAACGGGCACUCACCACGGGAGAACCCUAUGCCUGUAGCAUUCGGGUCUUGCAAAAGACCCGCGCAUUUGCCUUUGCCGUGGAGGAUAUCCCCGAAAGUUCCAUUCUCAGCAAACAACGACGGGCCAAUGGAGAAUUGGUCGAAAAGCUGACCGAACGAUAUCUACUCCCGGAAGACUACACACCAACCUACCAAGUCGUCACGCCACGGGAUGAAUGUGUCUUGGAGUUGCUCGUCCGAUUCAAACAAAUUCGACAAGCUGCCAAAUGUUUCCAGUACAUUAUGAAAUCACAGCCCAACUGGGGUGAUCAAGGAGAAAUUGCAAGGCGAUCCAUGUUGGUCAACAAAUUGUCCAAAGCACAAGCGGACGAGUUCCAAGAUGUCUUUAACAUUGUCGACAAGGAUAAAAAGGGAAAGAUUAGUCUGCUGGAGAUGCGAAAAUUCAUGGAAUCGGCUCGUGAAAACAAAUCCACCGAUGAACUCAUGGAAAUGCUGGCCCGAGCCAACCCCAAGUUUGAUGAAAACAAGGAUUACGCCAUUAGCCGCGACGAAUUCAUGGGUGUCAUGGCCGAAGCGGAAUUCUACAAUCUAUUUACCGAAACAUUUACCGAGUUGGAUCUGGACCAGACGGGGUACGUGCGAGCGGGGGAUCUAGACGAUGUCUUGGGUGGCGUACGAGACUUGAUCUCCAAUGACAAGACCAACAUUAUCGAUGUGGAAGACAAGGACAUGCUGAUAGACUACGAACAGUUCUCCAAGAUGCUACUGGGAGCUGCCUUGUAG